AUGGUGCAAUAUCGCGCCUGGCCACACGCAUACGGCGCCACGGGCACAACGCCGGAUUUACAAGACAGGUCAUCAUCAAUUUUUCCAUCAGACCCCGCUCGACUGGAUUCCCAUACACCAAUUUCGGAGCAUGACGGUCGUGUUGCACAUGUGCGACGUGGGCUGGAUGAACAAUUGUUAAACCAGUUGGAUGAGGGCGAACAUAAACCGAUCGAUCACGUUUUCUUCGUCAUUCACGGAAUAGGGACGAUUUAUAAUUUACGGGGACAAGGUUUAGUUGAAUGUGUUAACAACCUGCGACGCACUACCCGUCAGAUUGAACAGAGCCACUUUCCACACCACAACAACCGGGUGGAAUUUUUGCCCGUCAUGUGGCACGAUGGAUUGCACUCAGACGCAACUGGCAUUGAUGAACAGUUGAGUCAGAUCAGUUUACGUAGUAUUCCCAAACUUCGACAAUUCACUAAUGGCACUUUAAUGGAUAUCUUGUUUUAUACCAGUUCGAAAUAUUGUCAGGUGAUCGUUGACACUGUAGCGACAGAGAUGUGCCGGUUGCGCAAGUUAUUCCUCGCUCGCAAUCCGGAGUUUACGGGAGGGUUCUCCGUUAUCGGUCACAGUUUGGGUUCAGUUAUUGCGUUUGAUCUGUUAUCGCAUCAAGGCCAAGUUUCUGGAGUUGUGUCUUUCGAUGAAGAUCAGUCAACAUAUACGGGUUGCGGCGUCGAAGAGGUGGAUUUUGUCGCUCACCCACCGACCCGUCCCGAAUCGGGUGCGGUUAUGAGUGACCACUUAGAGGAAGUCCUUGUAACCGAUCGUAGCGGUCGGAGCAGUAGUUUUGGAGUGCCAAAUGAAUUAGAUGGUUGGUCCUUGGUCGGUUAUCAGGAUAGUCAGCGUCAAGUCGCCUCAGAGACGGUCCAACCAUUGGGAUUGGGCGAUAUCGUGGCGGAGACGCCGCAACCUAAAGUAGAGAAGCCGGCUACCGAAGAACAACACGUAGAAGACGUAUCCUGUACCACCGGCUGUGAAACUCCGAGAGCACCAUCUGUAUCUACCAGUGUUGAAGCCACGAAGCUUGCAGAUUUGUUAUCUCGUAUCGGUCUAACGGAAGAUCAAAUUCACAAAGCUGUUCGAGCGUGGUUGAACGAGAGCCUUGUCGAUGCGUGUCCUCCGACGGACAGACGAAUAAGAACAUUACCGACCCUGAAGCCAGUUGCUAGUCAUACACAGGCAACGCAGCGUUCGUUCUGGGCUGAGAACCAUUACGCACCUAUGUCAGCCGGUUUCGGUAUGCCAGUGGUGAUGUAUCCGCAGUUGAACUUUCCUUUGGCCGGUCUAUUCAUGUUGGGAUCGCCGUUACCAUUGUUCCUCACUGCACGUGGAAUCCGACAGCUAUCCAGUGAUUAUCAACUCCCACACUGUGCUAUGUUUUUCAAUAUUUUCCAUCCGUUUGAUCCUGUUGCUUAUCGCAUGGAGACGCUACUGGAUCCAGUCUUUCAGCCUCGUGCCGUCCUUAUGCCGCACCAUAAGGGUGGUAAGAGAUUGCACUUACGCUUAAAGGAUAAUCUGGCUCGUGUUGGUUCGGAUUUAAAAAGCAAAUUGUUUCAAUCAGUCCAUUCCACUUGGCGCACACUGCAAGACUUUGCUUUAUCACAUCGUUUUCGACCAUCACCAAAUGAGGGACACGGUGACGACCCGGAUGAGUCUCACAGACUGUUUUCCCAGUUAGAUAUUCCCGCCACGGAAAAUGAGGACGCCGGAUCGUGUUCCUCAGAAGGUGAAAUGAAUUUCAACAGUCAACUAAACCAGGGUCGACGCAUUGAUUACGUGUUACAGGAGGCACCUCUGGAAAGUUUCAGUGAUUAUAUCUUCGCUUUGGGUAGCCACGCAGCUUACUGGGAAUCAGAAGAUACUGCACUGUUCCUUCUUACGGAGGUGUAUGCUCCACAAUCCGUCACACCACUGCUGCCAGGACAAAAGAUGGCUAAUCAGUCCCAACAGGCUCAGAUUUCUCCUGAAAUUUCACCGUCACCUUCCGUCACCACAUUGACACCUCCACCAAUCAUCAACACAAUGACAGUCGGUCCGCCUCCACCUCCCGUUGCUGCAUCUACAUCGCUCGCUGCUCUUAAAGUAUCGAGGACACCAGGCGCUAGCUCUCAAUCCGAAACGUCUUCUGCUUGUUCUGAACUCUCUUCUCAAAUGACUCCAACAGCUCUGGUUCAGCAAGCUGAUCAUAAAUUGGAUACCGAUUCCAGCGCGCCUAGGCAAACUAGCCUAUCUCAUACUAGUGCAGUCGUCAAAGACAUGCCUUCCGCUUGUUCAGAGUCAAUGCCGAUAUCAGUUUCGAAUCCCACAUCCAGUAUAACGUAUGUCUCACACCAGCUAACGACACCAGAAUCCGAACCCGUGGCUCCUCCACCUCUAAGCAGACAACAGCAAGUUGUGACUCAGCUGAGUCCUUUUGUUCCACCUAUUCCUCCUCCCCCGCCACCCCCUCCUGCGCUUCCACCCUUCCUCCAACCGUAUGGUGUGCCGACUUCAUUGCCAGCGACAGGAGUUGCUGUUCUUCCUCCUUUUCCACCACCACCUCAUCCGCACAUGCUUUCACAGCCGCCUUUUCCCCCGGCUACUUCAUUUUGA